UCGGGAGGUGGCGGGACCGGACAGGUAAAGUAUAUAUACCAACCAGCAGGCGAGGAAUGGCUGAGGCACAAGAAGAGAAACAGAGACAGAUUCGGAAGAUACGGGAGCUUUUUCAUGGUCGAUUCACAGACUGGGAAGUUCGAAUCUUACUGGACGAAAAGCAAUGGGACUCUACCGCAGUGGUGAACUAUGUAUUUUGUUCCGAGCCACAUGAAUUACGCCAGCUGCUUGGUGAGAAAGGAGCUGAUGCACAGGACUUUGAGUCACGUGUCCAAGAAGGGUUGGAUUUAGCCAAUGAAUGGUCGAUAGUCGAGCCUGAUGGACGACACAUUAACAAAACUACUCGACAGUUUUCUUGUCCAAAAUGUGACCGGUCAUGGUGGAAAAAAGUACCCAGGAGAAAAAUGGUAGCGAAAUGUUUCCGCUGUAAGAAGAAGUACGAUGCUUUGGACCGUGAGAGGGAGUGGGGCUGGGCAGAGUUCCGCUGUGAUUGUGGCAAAGUGUUUGGAGGGUUUUGUCAGCGGAUCACAUCAAGCCCGUGUCACGCCUGCGGUAGCAACGUGUUUCCGUGCAGAAUUAUCCCCCCUACAUACGGUCAGAAUUCCCAGCGGAGGAAUAAUACCGCCGACAGACACCUGUGUAACGCCCCGGACUGCGUCUAUCGGGCUGUGAACUCAUGGGGGAGGAGACGAGGGCGUGGCCGGGGACAAGGUGGCUCCAUCACAGGGGUCUUACCACCAGGAGUCAAUUACAGCAUCCAGACGUGUGUUCACCCUCGGAAUCUUGAUCGGCCCAACAAACGCCGAGCGGUGGUGCCUAGUGACGAACACGUCAGUUCCGGAUCAACCAUUGACACGUGUGUGACGCAAGACGAUCUCCUCGAUAUGGUAUCUGUUAUAGACAACAUUGGCGCCUAUAGAGAAAGUGGACGCCUGCCGCCAAUACCCGAGGAUAGGAAAGACGAAGCGAGAAGCCAUGGAGAUUCAUCAAGCUGUACUUCCUGAACAAAAACUUGGCUCAUGGACAGAUUUAAGGACUUCACAUAAACGAACUAAAAUUUAAACUGUGAACUGUCGAUACGAUUGUGAAAUAAUGUUCUCAGUUCUGACUGAAACGCUCAUACAUGACGCCGCUGUAAGUUUUAUCAAAUGUUGGUUUGUGGAUCGAAAACGUUUGGGUUGAAAGAUUGUCAUUAUGUACAAUGUACGCAGUAAAUCAUCACUAAGCAAUAACUGUCAUACCAAAGACUUUACAUAUGGCACUUGUUGCUACCUCGCUUGGCGCUCAGCACUGAGAGGCUAGAGCAAGGAAACAGGACUGGUUGGCCCGGUGUCAGUAUAACGGACUGGGAGUGGCGUCAUGUCUGGUGUCUUCGGCAGGAUACUUCAGCGGUGGCAGCAGUUUGGCGAU